AUGAUCCACAAACUACUUAUAGCGCUAGUGCUCGUACUCGCUUUCGCCUUCUCCGCCGAUGCUUAUUGGGGAUACGGUAUGGGUUACGGCAUGGGGUACGGUAUGUACUCUCCAUGGCGUCGAUUUGGAAUGUAUGGCAUGGGCAUGCCGAUGGGCUAUGGAAUGAUGUACGGCAAAUAG